AUGCAGAGCCUGCAACAAAGGAUGGACGAUUGGAAGCAACGUGUCAGGAUCCUGAUGAAUCAAAUACUAACCGUGGAUCAGUACUAUGUUGCCAACGACGAGUAUAGAUUCACCGGGCAGGCCUCCUAUGCUGAUAUAGCUGCUGGUCGUACAAGUCCAAGUUCAAGAGGGUGUAGUCCGUACAGAAAUCAACGUGAUGAACCUCCUCCUUCCUGUUCCCUACCAAUUCAGAAGAAAUCAAUUGAGGUAGAAAAUGUUGACGAUGAUAAUAAUGACAAUGAUAAUAUUCAAUCUAAACAUGUACAACAACAGAUUCAAAUGCAAAACGAUGAAAAAAUUAAUAAGGAUAACGAUCAAAUGAUUAUUCGUUCGAUUCAACAUAAAGAACAGACACCUAUGAUGAUGAAAGAAGAAACUAUUGUAACAGAUAAUACAAUGAAUAAUCUUCCAGUAAUAAAUGUAGUCGAAUCUGUACCACGUCGGGGACGUUCACCGGUAAGAAAAUCAAUUAGAUCUAAUUUACAUACUAACGUUAAGAAAUAUGAUAAUACACGUUCGCCAGUAUCAUCAUCAACUGGAACGGAUAAUAAACAAGUGUUGAUAUCUGAAAAAAAUAGUUUAAUACCGAGCGAUGAUAAAAGGGGUAGAUCUACUAGUCCCAUUUGGGUACCUGGUUCUACUUCUUAUGCUGAUAUUCUUCGAGGUGGUACUCAUGCGACAUCUAAAUCUUCCGAUUCGACGGAUAACGAUACUAAUCAAUCGAUUAAAGAAACUCAUAGUACACAUUCUAACGUGAUUGAUGAUAAUCAUUCGAUUAAUCCUACAAUAUCAGAAACCCAUACCGAGGAUAUUCAUACGAUCGAAUCGGAAUCGGUUAAAACAAUUGAAAGUUCGAUAUCAAUUGGCGGGAAAUCAUCCUACGAACAAACUCCUCACGAACAACAAACGAUUAUAGAAAAGGAUAAGAAUGGUCAACAACAUUUUACACAAGAGACUGAUAAUACUUGGUCAAAUGAAUCUUUAGAACACUCCAACGUAAUCGAGGAUAAACAUUACGACAAUAUUAAUCAAUCGUCAACUACUGAACCUUACAAAUACAUACACCCACAAACGAUGGCUGAAUUAGUGGGAUUCAUUGGUUCCCAACUUGGUGCUUAUCCCGUAGGCUCGUACGUUUAUGCACCUGUUGAAAUUCAUCAACAAAUGCAACUGGAUGCAAUUGCUCAGCAACAUUACGGUGGUCAGAUGACUGGUUAUACAACCAAUCAUUAUGUUAAUCAAAAUAAUUACUUACCAACGACCACGACGACGACAACUGGUAUAUGUCACGAAUCUCAUUUACAACAACAACAGCAACAGCAGCAACAUGAGUGUUCUAUCAGUGAAUCGGAUAAUACUAAAGAAGACAAAAUGACCGGUUCUCAAUCUUCAUCGGUCAUUGAAGCUUCUAACGUUGAAUUACCUUCGUAUCAUUCAGUAUCUAAUAUUACUGAACAAAGUGAUUCUAAUAAUGAAAUAAAUGUUUCUUUAAAUCCAAUGAACAUGGACGAUAAUAUUAAUCCAAAUAAUAUUGAAAAGAAAAAUACCAACAGUGUGUCUAAUAAUACGGAAAACAAAAAUCAAGUAUUCUCGUACGCUCAGAUUCUUUCUCAAGGUCUUAAUUCGCGAAGUGAAUCAACGAACACGGAUAAAUCAAUGAGUGAACAAAUUAGAGGCCGUUCGGGAUCACCGAAAAUCGUAUCAACGCUUCAACAUGAUUUACCAAUUAUUCAAUCAACUAUAACAAAUCCUCAGGAAGAUGAAAAUAUUGAAAAGAUUCAAUCGAAACAAUCUAAAGGAAAUGAUUGGGAUACUAUGAAGAAAAAAGAUACAAAGAAGAAACAUCAAUCUCGGCCUAUGGAAAAAUCAAAAUAUAAUCAAGACAAAAGAUCUUCGAUUUCAAUGGAAAAAACGAAAGAUCAUUUCGAGAAAGAAGUUACACCAUCUAAGGAAAGUGUUGUUGUUGUUAACAAAUCCCAAAAUGUAUUGUCGUCCACUGUUGUUUCAGGACAAAAAACUAAUCCACCUAAGAAAGAUGACAAAUUAGAAAUGAAACAACAAAAGAAAAAGUCUGACAAUGCUAGACAAAAGCAAGAACAAACGAAAGAAAAAUUAAAUCAACAACAGCAAAUGGGUAAGAAUGAUCAACAAAAGGAAAAGUUAGAUCAAUUGAAAGAUAAGCAGCAAGAUUUGCAAAAGGAUAAACAGAAGCAAUCGAAAGAACAAUUGCAACAAACACCCGAUCCUGUUGGAACACAGAUAGAGAAAAAACGUAAGCAAAAGAAAAAGAAAUUGGAUAAAACGAUCGAUGAUGAAAUUGACAAAGCUUUGAAAGAAAUAGAAGAUAUGGAUAAGCAAAGGGCUAAAAUACAAAAAGAAAAAUACAAGGAACAUACGGCGAAGAACAAAAAAGAUAUUCAAAGUAAUUCGAAGAAAGUUGAACUUCCUUCGACGAGCAACGAAACUGACAAUUUAUAUAAUCUCAAGACGAGUGAUGUCAAACAAAUCGAUACAAAAUCCGAACAAUUAUCAUCUCAAUUACGCAACAUUGAUAUUUCUAAGGAUAAGGAUUCGAAAAAUAUUAGCAAAGUGGUCGAAGAUGCUUGGAAAAUAAACGAAAGUAUCAGUAAUACUAUAGAAGCUUAUACAGAAAAAUUGAAAGCCAUUAAGAAAAAUCAGAAAAUUAAUAUCAAGAGUAUCGAUGAUGUUUGGGACAAUGCUAUGUUUAAGAAAAAAUUAACUUCAUCUGACGUAAUAGAAUCAAAAGAACAACCUAUAGAAAAACCUACAACACGAUCCGUUAUUUCGUCAAGCGAAAUCAUCGGUGCUACUUCUUCUUCUUUUUCUUCUUAUUUUGAUAUCAAUGAAGAACCUGAAAUGAAUACCAAAAAAUCGUCUAUUAAUACUCAACAAGAUAAAAAAGUUAAAUCAACGAAAAAAUUAUCUAAAGUAUCAUCUAAAGUUAAAGAGACAAUACCUUCGAAAAAACAAGUAAUCGAAGAUUUCUUCUCUUCGUCAUCUUCUUUCUAUGAUAAAUUUAAAGAAACUGAAGAUAAGAUUUUAUCCGAGAUAGAAGAUAGUAAUAUCGAAGAACAAGAUGAUAAAUUUUAUAUGGAACCACUUUGUAAGGAUGAUACAGGACCGAAUGAAUUGAGUAUCGAAGAAAUCCAAAUAUCCAAGAUGAUCGAAGAUAAUAUUCAUUCAUUCUUAAUAAAAUCUAACGUUGAAUUCCCUGAGGUUAAAGAAACCAUUGUUGAAGAAUUUGUUGAUGAAAAAGGGGAUCUAAAAAAGGAGGAGGUCGAACGUAUUAUUAAUCCUGAUCACGAUUUAGAAUCGUCAAAUGUUAAUAACGAUAAUAAUAUAUUCAAAACAAUAGGUACGAAAACUUCCGACGUGAUAUCGUUAAGACCCGAGACCGUAGAAGCAAGCUUAACAACAACAUACGCUAGGGUUUCUGGUAGUUCUUUAAUUAACGUUCCUGAAAAUAAUUUCUUGUCCUGUGAAGUUUCUCAUGAUAUUUGUGAUCAAUCAUCAUCCCCCAUUGUUCCCAUUAUUUCUGAAAUUAUUCAAUCCGAUGAUCCACCGUUGUUCGGUAGUAUCAAAGAUAGGAAAAAAUAUCGUAACGAAAUAUCCCCCAUGUCUAGUGAUUUAACGAAGAAUAAAACAUUAGAUGAAAAUCAAUUGGCUUCGUUCGGUGACGAUUCGAGUAUUUCUAUGCAAACUGUCAUUAAUGUGGAUUUGAAAAAAGAUAAUUCUUCUUAUGAAUCUUUGAACGAUAAUAAUAUUAUUGACGAGGUACGUAACACAAUCGAUGAAUUCGACGAAAAGAAUAUAUCCGAUGAAGAUAUGAAAAUAGAUAAGAACAAAAAUGAAUUUGUCAAUUUAAAACUUCAUGAGGAAGAACAAAACAUUAUCGGUGAAUGUCAGUCUGUAAUAAAAGAGGAUGCUAAGGAAAAAGUAAUAAAAGAAAAGGAUGAUGAUAAUAAACCUAAACAAGUAUUUGAUACAGGUUUCAAUUUAGAUCAACGAAGAACCAACGAACAUUUGUUAGAAUUGAUCAAACCUUAUUGGUUGAAUUAUCAUUCUUAUGUCAAAGCGGAAAAUGAACUUUGCAGUAAUUAUAAAAUUAUGCGAGUAUUAGAUAAACCGUGUAUAACUGAUGUUAAUAUUCCUGUUAACAGUCAAGAAAAUAUCGUGAAAAUAGUUCAAGAAUCUGUUAUGAAAAAGACCCCAGUUGAAAAUAUACGCGAUAACGAAAAAACAUCUGACAGAGAAUCGAAAAUAAUUGCAUUGCUCGCUGACGUUCCUAAAUAUCCAAUUAUCAGUUUAUCCGAGUUCGAAUCACAAUGGAUACAAUCUCAACAAGCAACCAUGAACAAAUCUAUUUCUUCUACGUCAACUAUUGAUUCUGUAGAUACAAUACUUCCAGUAAGUGUCACUACGAGUGAAAUAGAAAUCAUUGAAAAAGAUGAAGUUGAUGAAACUUCAUCAAAAUUAAAUGAAACAAUCGACAUACAAAAAAGUUCUAUUGAAACAAAUAAUCAAGAUAUUGAUACAAAUGUAAAUAAAAUUGAUCAAUCUAAAUCACAAAUUCAAACAAUUCAUUUGAAAGCUGAUGAUUCAUGGAUGAGUAUUUUAGAUGAACCUAUAAUGAUAAGUGAUGAUGAUGAUGAUGGUUGGGAAGAAAAUACAAAUGAAUUGAAACAGACUACGUCGACAAUGAUUAAAUCUGAAUUGGAUUUAACAACUACUGAUGUUAUUAGUUUGAAACAUGAAGAAAAUAUUUCCAUUGGAAAAUCGAUUACAAAUGAUGAUGAAGAAGGUAAGAUAACAUUGACUGAAACACAAACAUCUAUUUCAAAUGAACCUAAGGAAAUUAAUAUUUCUGUUAAAUAUGAAGAUAAAGAUCAUUCUGAUAAAGAUAAUAUAAAUGUAUUACCUCAGAAAGAAAUGCAAAGUGUUGCAGAACAAAAAUCUGUACAUUUAGAAUCUUCUGAAGAUUGGUUGGACUUUUUGGAUGAAGAAAUACCUCUUAAUGAGGAUGAUUUGGAAGAUCUAAAUGUUGAAAGUGAUGUAAUUGUAAGUAAGGAAACAAUUGAAGAACCUGUAGGACAAGAUAAAUUAGAAAACAUAGAAAUGUUAGAAGAUUCUGUAAAAAUAAUAGAGGAUAAAGUAUUGGAAGAUAACCUAAUUCAAAAAGAUAAAUUGAAGAAAGAAAAGAAAAUUGAAGAAAUGAAAUCAGCAGAUGAAUUAAAGAAAGAAAAGAAAAUUGAAGAAUCAAAUGGAAAGACUAAGGAACAAACUAAAUCAAAAACGAAGAACAAAAAACAGAACAAAUCUGAAAUUCGAAAUCGUAAAGAAGAGGAAGAUAAAAAACAAAUUAAAGACGAAGUCAAAGGUAUUGUUAACAAACACGAAGAUAUAACGAAUAAAACAGAUUUUACUUUAAAUAUCGAUCUUAAACCUGAGAAACUUAAAUCGUUUGAAAUGUUAACAGAUGCAAAUAAAUCUAAAGAAAUUUUCAAGCAAUACGAUCAAAUACAAUUGAGCGAAAAAUUAUUGAUAUCUUUAAUUAAUACUAAAGAUACUACUACAAAACAACAAAAUGAGCCAAAUGAACAAAUAGAAACGAUCACAUCUUCGGAUCUAAUUUCUAAUGAAAAAUCUGUGGAAUUAAUACCAGCAAUAGAAAAAGAAACGUGUCCAGAAGUUUCUCAAAAGAAAGAAUCUAAACAAUCCAUUGGAAAGGUGACGUCGAAAAAACAAAAGAAAAAGAAUAAAGAUAAGGAAACGAUGUCUGAAAAUAUAAUUGAAGAUGAACAACCUUCUUCUGAAUUAUCUUCACAAGUUUUACAAGAAAUCAUUAACAAAGACAAUAAUAAAUCAUAUGCAUCAGUAACAGGAUCAUCAUCAUCAUCUCAUAGAUCUUCACCGCAAUUAUUAAAUCAAGAACAAAUAAUUCUCGACAAACCUAUACCAAUUAAAGAUGAAAUUCAAUUCGACAAAUCACCUGUUAACGAUAUUACGAAUAUAAACGAUGAUAAUAACGAUUCCAAAAUCGAAACGACAUCAUCGUGGGCUGAAGAAAUAGAAAAAGAAAUAUAUUCACCUGUUAUAUUGCAAUCUUCUGAAAACGUAGAAUCAACUAUACUUAUUCCUACUUCAGAAGAUGCAGAAUUAUCCAAAUCUGAUUUGUUAGACUCAGAGAUCAUUUCUAAAACAGAAACAGACUCGUGGGCUGCUAUAGUGGCACGAAAAACAAAAGAAACAUUAGACACGUCCUCGUUCAUCGAACAAGAAACAAUGAAAAUUGACAAAGUUCCUACCAAGGAAGAAGAACAUCUUACACAAGUGCAGAUUUUUGUUGAGGAAAGUCCUCCAAUAGCACCCAUCGAAGAUUUAGUUCACAUCGAUGAUCAAGGUUUCGUUGAAGUUGUAAAUCGAAAAGAAUUACGAUCAAGAAGAUCCAGAUCAAGAUCUAGAAACAAUAGGUCGAAUGAUUUAGAAACUGAAACGGUUGACACGAAUCAAAAUGAAACUGAUAUUAUUCAAUCGGAUAAGAUAGAACAGAACAAAAUAUCUGAUGAUUCGAAAUCAAUGACAGGAAUUGUACAGGAUAAGGAUACUAAAAGUGAAAUUCAGAAACAGAAAGGAAAAAAGGGUAAAUCACAAUUGAAAGGUGGUGACAAGGAGGAAAUUAUUGAAAAACAAGAUGACAAAUUUGAUAAUGAUAAAAUGAAGGGAACGAUAAUUAAAGAUAAAACUUUGGAAAUAAUUACUGAUGGGAAAAAACAGGAACAUGUAAAAGAUAGUAGCAGUAAAUGUGAAUCUAAAAAACAGAAAACGAAGAGUAAUACUAAAUCGAAAGAUCACAAAGUAGAAAUUAAAGUUAGCGGUAAUAAAAAGUUAGAAGUGUCAUCUAAAAAAGACAUUCAUAAAGAAAUUAAUGUAAUAGAAGAUACAGAUAACAUCAUAAAAGAAUCAAUGUUGGAUAAUAAAACAGAAUUGAAUGAUGAUACGAAUAAAGAAGAAAUGACAAAUAAUAAAUCAGAAAUAAUUCCAGCUAAGACUAUAAUUUUAGAUCAAGAAAGCACAGAUGAUGAGCCAGUGGAUAAUAGUAAAAGUAAAAAACAUAAAACAGUUGACAAACGUGGUAAUAAUUCCUUGGAAAUUAGUGUCACCGAAGAAACAAGUAAGGAACAUGAUAAUAAUUUAGAAAAGACUAUAAUUUCAGAUCAAGAAAGUAAAGAGUUAAUAGAGAAAGAUAAAGAUCCGCAAGAUUCUAAGAUAACGAAAAAAGAAAAGGAUGAACAACAACCUGUCAUUGGUAAAUCGAAAAACAAAUCGAAAAAUAAAAGAACGAUGCAGGACAAAUCAAAGGGAAAUAUUAAUAAAGAUAAAGAAGAUAAUAAAGAUGCAGAAAAGUUGCGUCUAGAAAAUGAGAUAAUUACUGAUAAAACGGAUAUAAAUGUGAAAUUUAUCGAGGAAGAAAAAUUAGACACACGUGUCGAUACGAAUGAUGAAAAAAUGCAUAAACAAAAUGAAAAUAAUCAAGAUGAUUCCAAAUCGGUACUCGCGGAAAUAUCUACUGUUAAAAAACAAAUGGAUAAAACAUGCGAGCAAAGUGAAAUAGGAUCAACGAUUGAAUCGGUAAUAAAUGAACAAUUUAUUGCAAAAGAAAAACCAAAAAUAUCUUCUAAUAAAAGUGUGGAAGAUGAGCAACCGUUAAAAGAAAAUGAUCGAUCCGUGAAGUCAGCUACAGAUUCUACGGAAAUAAAAAAACCUAUAGUCGAUAAAAAGAUUCAACAGAAAUCGAGGAAAGAAGAUAAAAAGAAAAAGAAGCAAGGUGUUAAAAAUUUACUCGAGGAUAAUUUAAUAGAAGCGACUCUAGACAAAACUGAACAGAAAGAAAUUAGCAUUACUCCCGAAACGGUAAUUUUAGAUUCUUCACGUUCUUCCAAUGUAGAAGAAAUAAAUACAGAUAAAUUAGACACGUCAAGUAACGAAAAGAUUUCAAUAGAUAUUAUCUCCUCGCAAGAUAAUAUCAUUUCAAAAUCAAACGAAUGUAUUAUCGAGGAUAAAACCGAUGUUAAGGAAAACAUCGAAUCAGUUGACGAUGAAUAUCAAAAUGAAAGGAAAGAAAUCGAAGAAAAAUCGGAAAUAAAAUCACAUCCCGAUCAUAUAAAGAUCGAAGAUAUCGAACAAUUGAAUGAUAUUGAAAAUGAAGAAAGCAUUGAAUCUGACGACUCGUCCUUGUUAUCUACGGAAAAUCGUCCAAAAGUACGAUUCUAUAUUGCCGACGACGUUCUUAUUCUAACACAGGAUAAAGAAAAGGAAUUAAAAUCGGCAAUGAUUCAGGAAAGAACAUUGAAUACGGUACGAUCCAAAUUUUUAUCCCUAGACGGUGGUUUUUGGCCAACUAAACAUCCCUAUCACGAGGCAGAAAAAUAUCUAUUCGAAAGUUUAGCUCAUAAUAACGAAAAGAAUUCAAUUCGGGAUAAUAAAAAUGAUUCCGAUCGUGAUCCUCCCGAUCAUGGUUACGACGACGGUAAUAAUGGGGGUGGAUCUAAAGGUGGUUCAGGCCGUUGUUUCGAUAAUUCGCGAUCACUGUUGGGUUCACCACGUACGGAAUGUCUUGUUACUGACCUGCCUGGUGGCAUCUGUAGUUGGCGCGAUUAUAGUACUUAUUUAUCGAGCGAGAAUGAGGAGAGACUGGAUAACAACAGCUUACAACAGCUUACUCAUAAAAUGACUGAGAAUUUGAUAACCGAGCCGAGCUUGUUGCAUUCGAUGGAUACGAUAGAAGAACGUCUUGCAAUAUUAAAAAAUGCCAUCUCGGAUUUAGAAGCUACGAAUUUGCCUCGUGAUUCUAUUCAAUCUAUGUUAUCUGCCAUCGAGGUAAUGAUAAAAGAACUUGAAAAUUAUGAGGAAGAAGCUGUCGAAUUGCAACGACAAUUGAAUGAAAUUUCAUUCGAUACAACUUGUCAAAUAUAUACGAAUACUUUGGAAAGUAUACAAUCGCAAAUUAAUACUUUGUUUAUACAAACUAAACAAAGUAAGGAGCUUUUAGAACAAGCUUUAGAUAUUCAACGUCAACGAACUACAGAAAUAAAUGAAUAUCUAAUGUUCCUUGAAGAAACUGACGCUUGGUUAAAGGAUAUAGUACUUAAAAUAAACGAUCAAUUACCUAUGGAUCAGAAUUUGCAAGCCCAGUUGUUAGAUCGUAGUCAACGUGUAUCAGAAUUGGAAUCAUUACCAGAAGUUAAGGAUUUGGCCAAUGUAUUGAAGAACGAACUGAUGGAUAUGAUUAAUCGUCUUCAGCAAAAGCAGCAGGUAUCAGAGAACGUUCAAAAUUCGUGCGUUAUGGAAUUGCUGGACGAAGAAGCAUUGGCCGAUGACGAAACUACUGAUCGUGAUGAUGCGACAAUCGAUCAGGCACCAUCGAUACACUCAACUACUAUUGAAAGUGGUCCGCCAUCCUUAGCCGAUGUGUCUUUGCAAACGGGACAAAGUUUAUUAUUAGAUAUUAUAGAGGAUAAGCCAAUACAAUUAACGAAACAAACGUCGACGAUACAAAUACCAAUUACAACGUCUACUCAAUCAUUAACGACACAGACUAUAGACACCAUUACUUAUCCAGAUCAACAAAUAAAAGAAACAAUAAAAGUAGUCAAAUUGUCCGAGGGUGAUCACGAUGUCAUAGAAAUAGCAACGAAAAAUGCUAGGGCAACUGAUAUUAGUCAAAGUUUAAUUCGAAGCGAACAAAGUAAUAUCGUACCCGACGAUAUCAUAGUUGAUAUGAAAUAUCAAGAUGGUCAAAAAGAGGAUAAUGCUAAAAGUGAAUUGAACAUACAUCAUGCUACACCACAAUCAUUCGAAACUGUAUUAACUGAACCGGAUAACGUGACUACCGAAGUAGUUGUCGAUGCGGAUGGUACGAAAAGAAUUAUCGUUAGAAAAUUAAGGCAUACAGUUGUUACCAAUAGAAAUACCGAACAACAACAUGCAUCCUCGAUUACAACAGCUCUUGGUAAAGAUGCAUCAAGGAUGCAAGCAUUUUCAGAAGCAACACUGAGAGAUCAAUACGUUACAGUAACCACAACUAAACCCGAUGGUACUGUUGAAACAUUGACAAAACAAAUUCAUGGCAGUAAAGUAACGACAGGUAUACCGGAUGCUGAAUAUUUCGAGGAAAAAUACGAGAGUACGCCUCAAUACACUCACAAAAUAACUCAAGGAGCUAUCAGGGAUAUCAGUCCUUUACCUAUCGAAGAACAAAUACUUGAACAUGGCCAAUAUCAAACCAAAACGUCCAGCGUUCACGCUGUAGUACAACAGGUUACUAGAAGGGUCAUUAAAAAAACACGUAGGAUUAUACGAAAAGUUACCAUAAUAGAUGGUAAAGAAACUACCAGCGAGGAAAUAAUCGAAGAACCUGAUGAAAUAGAAAUCGAUGAACAAGAUAUACCACAUAUUAAUAUUAAUGUUAUUAAAAACGAAAGUGAGAGAACAUUUGGAUUGGAACAAAAAGUAACUGACGAAAAGAAACAAGAACCGUCAUUAUUCUCAGGUCUUUCAGGAAACAUACAAAGUAGUACCACUUAUGAACAACAUUGUCCAGAUAGUCCUAUGCAAGGUCCAUUCUUUGGUCCGUUUGCAAAGGAUAUGUCAAGCAUACGUCGUUCUGAAGUUAAGAAAAAACCUAUUGAAAGUAUCAUUGUCGAUGAUACAAAAGUUGACACAGGAAAGAUAUGCGAUGAAUCAAAAGAAACGGAUAAAGUUGAAAUAAUACAUUCAACACACGAUGAUAAUACAAGUGAACAAAAGUUUGUUACAAAUGAACAACCUAUAACUAUAGUUCAAGAACAAGAUAUUCUAACUUGUACUGUCACUGAUAUUCCAUCUGAAUCUGUCAUUGAUGAUAUUCAUAGUCCUCGUGAUAUUAUUUCAGAGGUAAAUAAUACUGGAGAAAUGUUUCCAAGGGAACAAGUUACGUCCUAUCUAGAAGAGUCUAUUAUUUUGCAGACACCUGAUGAGGAUAUACCUGCUGUUAUACAAUCACCAGUUUCAUCGGAGGAUCCAGCAAAGACCGACAACGCAUCAGUUACAACUGAAGCUACUUGUAAGUCAGAUGAUGCACCAAUAAGCAACAUAUCACUUGGUACAUUGUUAGAAAGCAGCACGGUAGAAGUAGCAAAGCACGAUGAUGAUAGCAAUAUUUUAGAUCCUGACAAUGAAACUAGUAGAACGAGUAUUUAUAUGUUAGAGGAUCAACAAGACACACGAAAAAUCCAAGAACAAGUAUUACCUACAAUGGAGAACAAAUUGGAAGAUAAUAAUGUCGAACAAUUACAAAGACAGUUAUCAGAUAUUCAACCUGAUGUUAAAUCAAAAGAAACUGCAUCGUCGGAGGAAAUAAUAAAAAUAACACAAACUAUAGACAAAGAUAUUUCCAAAUCAGAUGGUAUAUCUAAAGAUGACAUCUUUUUAUCCGAACAAAAACCAGUUGCUGGUGGAAAAGUAGAAAUUUCAUUGUCUAUUCAAAAACACGAUGAAAAACCAGAAUCAAUGGUAUAUGUAAAGACUCAAUCAGAACGUUCAAAUGAACGACCUUAUCAUACUGUUUUAGAAGACGUUAAAAUCAAUCUUCCAGCGGAUCAAGAAGCAUCCGAAGUUGUUCAUAAUAAAACAGUGCAAACUAGUCCAUUGUGUGAUGUUCAGAAAGACACUGUAACGACUCAAACUUCGAUUCCAUCAACUACCGAAACGAGCCAACAAGAAUCAGUACUGAAUGAUCAAUUAAACGUACAAGAUAAUGAAAACAAUAAAAUGCAAGAGGAAUUGCAUCAACUGCAACAAGAUGCAGGAACUAUUAGUCCAGUUUCUACGACUAUUGCUGAAUCAAUAGAAAUUAGCGUACCCUUAUCUGAAUCACCAGAACAUAUCAGUGAACAACCUCAACCAGACAUAGUAGAAAUCACUGAUUCACUAAGAUUAAGUUCAAAUAAUAAAAACGAUAGUUUUGGAUAUGAUCAUGGUUAUGAACCGGACGACAGAACAACAGUCGAAGAACAACCAUCUUCUGUUCAAGCUGAUGAUAUUAACAGAAAAAAGAAAAAGAAAAAGAGAAAGAAACAAAAAAGUCGCGAAGUAAUAGAAGACUCUUCUGGGAUUAUUAAAAAUUCUUCUGACGAGGAAGAUGAUUCAGCGAAUAAGUUAAUAAUAUCAGAUAAAGAAGACAAUAUAAAUAAAGAAACGAAUAAAGAAAUUGAAGAUAUUGAAACGAAAUCUGUCAUCGAAGAACCGAUAAUCAAUAUAGAUAAAAUUCCUAUUGAUACGCAAACGGUUGCCAUAGAAACAUGUAAUGUAUCCAUUUCUCCGGAACAAAAUAAAGAGUUAGUUUCUAUAGGAUCAGUAAUUGACACUGUCGAGCAAGAGAUGCAAACAUUUAAAGUAGAACAAACAGAUAGUCAUAUGCAAACCUCACCGAAAUCAAUGCUUGAAAGUGGUGUACAAACGGUUCAAGAAGAAAAACCUAAAAUAAAGGAAUCCAGUAUACAAACAGUAACACCUACGAAAAUACCAAUGACGGAAGAUGCAAUUCAGACCAGUCCAAUUGAGGAUGUUACAUCAUCACCUAUCUUGCUAGAAACUAAAGACUCGUACGUACAAACAAUCGUCGAAAUGGAUUCAGCAGAAAUGCAAACUUCACCGAUAGAAUGCAUUCCUUCGAUAGAUAUAGAAACACAAACGUUAUCUAAAGUAUCUAUCGAAGCUGAACAACAAACAACUCCUCCUGCUACUAUAGAACAAACAACAUCACCUGAUCAAUUCGAAAUAGUCGAAGAAAACGUACAAAUGAACGAACCACCUGGUCCUAAGAAACCGGAAAUGUUAGAUUUCGAUGUUCAAACUGAAUUAUCAGAUAAAGCAAUACUUGAAACUACAGAAAUUCAAACAAUAUCGAUUGAACCUAUACAACAAGAAGUGGAAACUCAAGAAACUGAGGUACAAACUAAAUCACCCGAAGUUUGUUCAUUAGAAACCAUGGAAACUCAGACAACUCCUGAAGAGAGUUUGAACAAAAUCGAAACGGAAGAAAGGGAAAUACAAGUUAAAUCGUUCCAAUUGUUUCCACUUGACAGUAUAGAGACUCAAACAACCCCAGCACAGAGUCCUCGUAAAAUAGAGAUCAUGGAAAAAGAAGUGCAAGCACAAUUAAUGGAUAUUACUUAUCCUGAAACGGUGGAAACACAAACGACACCUAAGGAUAGUCCAAGAAAGAUAGAAGUGUUGGAAAGAGAGGUUCAAACAAAAUCAUCGUCACCGAUUAAUAACAUUAUGACUCAAACAAGUCCGGUUACUAGUUUAAAACCAGCAGAAAGUUACGAUUUGGAAACACAAACUACACAAAAAUCGGAAGGUAUGGAAAUAGAAACACAAACUAGUUCACCCGAACAUGUUGAAACUAUUAGUAGUUCUAUGCAAGUUGAAUCUAAAGAAUUGAUACCCCAUCUCGACAAAACUUCACAAAUAUCUGCUGAAAGUUAUGAUAAAAGUUCACAAGUUUCACCCAAGUUACAUGAAACAUUAGAUGAAUCGAUACAUGGUACAAUUGAAGAUCAACUUUUCAAAACUACAGCAUCGGUUAUACAAUCCAGUGAUACAGAAAUGCAAUCAAAUUUAAUUGAAUUACCAAUCGUAGAAGUUACGGAAUCAUUAUUACAAUCAGAAAUUAGUGAUGCUAAAUAUACAGAAUCACCUAAACCUGAUAUAAAAGUAUCGGAAGAAACUAUGAGUUCAACACCGGAUACUUCGUUCGAGGUACACAUAAAAGCAACGAUAGAAUUAUCUAGCAGCGAAACAUCUGGGGAAGCUGUAAUAAAUGUUGAAUCACCGACAGAUACAUCCCAAGAUGUAUCACUAACAACUCCGAGCACGAAUGACAAUAACGAAACUAAACGUGAAAAAAGGCAAAGAAGAAAAAGGAAACAUAAGAGUAUGGAAAUUCAAUUGCCAAUUAAAGAUACAACUAAUUUGAAUACCAUAUUUGGACAACCAGCAGAAUCGCAAAGCUCGUCUUUGAAAUUAUCUUAUUCCGAUGUAGCAAAGAAAAAUGCAAGCAAACAACAAUUAGCAAUAAACAUCGAUGAAACUAACGCUCCUCAAAAUUAUGGAGAAAUCGUUGACGAAACAAUAACCAAAUCUUCUUCUUCUUCUUCUUCUUCUUCCGUUCCACUGAAUUUUGAUGAAGAAGUUAAUAAAAAUGUUCAAGAAACUAAUCAACGAGAAGAAACUAUAAUAAUACCUUUGGACACCGAUACGAGUCCUGUAUCGGAAUCAACGAUUUUAACUGAUAUAUCGAGACCAUCUAAAUCAAAUAAAUCAUUCGAAUCAUCGUUAGCUCGCGAAGAUCAACGAUUCGAAACACUGUUCGUAUCUACUCCGAGUGAACCAAUGGAUACAACUAUGUCACCGGGUGAAUCACCGUCAUCCAUGAAUCAAUUAGAUAAAUUAGAUAAACCUGAGAAAACACAAGUGAAAACUUACGCGGAAGCCAUUUCCCAAUUAUUAAAAACUUCGUCGGUACCAAAUACAGUUGAAUACGAAAAAGAAUACGAAACCACGUCGUCAUCGUCAGCUUGGGAAGAUCGAUUACUCCUUCCCCAUUCAACGAAUUCCCAAAAAGUAUCUAACAGUCAUGCUGAUUUUUCAUUAAGGGAAGCAAUGGAGGGUAGAAUUCCUCAACAUCAGCCUACCCAAAAGACCCAAACUACGCGAAUUAUUUCGGAUAGAGUUAAGAGUCUUAACAAUGCAGCUGAGAUGGAUCAUUUGGGUAAUGUAUUGCACGUUGCACGUUUGAGCGAAGUUACAACAGAUAAAUCGGCUGAAGAACGUUCGUUGGAUGUAAGAAAAGAAUUGACGCAACUUAGAAAUGCUAUUGAAGAAAAUGAUGUAGUCAUUGUCGAGGAAACACUUCUCACGGUUAUAGAAACUAUAUCAACGUGGUUGGAAACAAUAGAAUACAGAAUUUUCUUGAACAGAGAAUGUCCAAGUGGAUUAUCUCACAACGAUGCUAAAACGUUUAUCGAACUGAAAGAAGAAGUUGAUCACGUUGCGGAAAAUAUCAGAGAACUCGAUGACAUGUGGAAAUUAGUUGAAGUCAAUUAUCCUAUCGAGGAACGUGCCGUGUUGAGAGAAUGUUUCGAUGCUUUAGAACAACACGCCAAAGCAGUUGAACACGUGACGAAUACCAGCGAGGAAUGCGCUAAUAAUCAUCUUGCCAAGUGGGAUGAAUUAUUGAAUGGUAUUAAUAACAUAUACAGGUUGGUCGAAGAACAACGCAAACAAUUAGAUAAUAUUAUCGAAUGCGAAGCUUCGACUAGAUGGAAAUUACAAGAAUUAGAUAAAAUGGAAAAUAUGAAUCGUUGUCACAUGUGGAAAACUGGAAAACUUCUUGCCACCUCGCACGAAUUAUUACGAGAUUAUCCUGGAAAAAUUAUACCAGAGGAAACUUAUUUGGCUCAUGAAAUUACGAAAAUUAUUGAGAAUGGUAUAACCAUCGAAAGGGAUCGUCUUCUUCAAUUACUCGCAUUGGCCGAAGAAUACGAACAAACGUUGCAAGAAUUUUCGCAAAUUAUCGAAAUUGCUGAAAAUCUGCUACAGAGUCCGAUAUCCGUUAUGAAUUUGGAACACCUUCAAGAGGAAAUGCAGAAACAUAGGAAAUUCUUUGUCAAUUUGAAUCACUGUCGUGUCAUUUUGGAAUCGUUGGAAGGCAAUUUGGAUCCGGAAACUAGGGCAAAACAUUCCGAUUUACACGUGGAAUUGCACAGCCGUGCAUCCUCGUUACUAGAUCAAGCCGCUUCGCGUGCACAACAAAUGGCACUGGCAGCAACACGAUGGAUUCUUUUGGAACAAGGUGUCAAAGAGGAAAAAGGUUGGCUUCAAGUAGCUCAUCAACGUGUUCCCGAUCUCCAAACAGUUAAUUCUUCCGAUUACGAUCAAUAUAUUUCUUUAUAUCAGUCUUUAUCUUCGGAUGUUGCGAUGCAUCACGCCCGUAUCAUUCAAUUAUUGGACGUUGCAAAUCGUUUAGAAGAAUUGGUUACCAUUGAAAAUUCUGAAGAUCAUUAUAACGAAGUAUUAGAUGAGAUAGUUAAACUACGAGAUAACAUAGAAUCAUCUUUAAGACGAUUGUUAUCGUUUCGAGAAAAUUGGAGUAGCCAGCAAAAGUUAAUCAACCGUAUUGAGGGUUGGAUGACAACUGCUGAGAAAGAACUAGUUCCCCUGAGUAACACGUCGAGUGGAAACAUGCGUCGUUUUUGGGAAUUGAAAGCACAAUACGAGAUACACAACAACAUGCGAAACGAGGCAGACAAAUGUUUCGAUCAAGCAUUAAAAAUCAUACCGUUAUCCGACGAAAUAUUGCAAAGACAAUUAUACAGCGAAUUGCAAUAUCGAUGGAAAGGCGUUACGGAAAAAAUCAAUGAUAUACAAUCGGAAAUAACUCGUAACAUUUCAUCGGAAGACGUGUCAUCAAACGAAAGAUUAAAGAUAUUGGAAAGGGAAUUGAACGAAUUGAGAAUGUGUCUAGACGAUUUGCACGGUGUAUUGAAAACCGAAGAGGAACUUGAUCUUUACAUAGAAAGACUUACCGUAUUGUUCGACAGAGUUACGUUGAUUCAAGAUAAACUCAGUCGUUUGGGUCUUUUACCAGCUGCUGAAAGUGAAACCGUUGGUAUUCUUUUAUCGUCGGCACACCGCAUUGAAGGUCAGAUAGGCGAGGAAUUAGAUUCGGCUCAGUUACUUCGUGAAAAAUUGCAAGCAUUGAAACGUGGACUGGGACGCGUAAGAAAAUCACAUCAAAGGCACUCGAUGACGUUGGAUCAAUGCGAGGAAAGUGAGAAACAAGGUAGCGAUGUUGUAUCAACUGCGGUGGAUCGUUGCGAAUCGGUUGCAGACGAAUUAAUUGUACUUUGGCAUGAUUUAAUGGGUCUAAGACAAAUGUUGCAUAAAUUACCGUCCGGCAUGAGAGUAAGCGUAUCACCUGUAGGAAUUGAACGCGACAUUUCGGCACUUCAAGACGCCCAUACGGAAUUAGAAUCGAGAUGCACCCGUUUAUUAUCAUUAUUAAGAAAUAGAUUAGCUUUGUGGAAUCGUUUUGAAAAACAUUUGGAAAUGGUACAACAAUCCGUUCAAGAAGCCGAUUAUAUGAUGGAACUUUUAACCGUACAAGGUUCCGUGGAUUACGAUAGAUUACUCAAGGCUACAGAACGACUCGAGGGAUUAAAUGGUGAUUUCGGUGCACGCGAGGUGCUUAUUAGCGAACUUCAUGCCUCUGCCGAACCUUUGCGGGAGAGUUGCGCUGCAGAGGUCCGCGAGAGGGUCGAAGCUGCGAGAUUCGAGUGCAGCUGUUAA